UUUUACUUCUUUCUAUAGAGUUCCUAUGGAUCCUGACUUUGAGAUAUUUGACUCUUCGUCAUCUGAGGAGGAGGAGGAGGAGAUAAUUUUAGCUCUUGCUAUUGAAGAAGAACGCUUGGGUAAUGAAAGAGGCUCAACAUCGCAUCGUAGGUCUAUUCCCCGACGUGCAUUCAUUCGAAGAAAUUCGCUUGAAGGCCAUCAACGCCUCUUUCAAGAUUAUUUUUCUGAGUCCCCGACGUAUCCACCGAAUUUAUUCCGCAGGAGGUUUCGAAUGCAACGUCAUCUUUUCUUGCGUAUUCAAGCCGAAGUUGAAGCAUAUGAACCAUAUUUUGUCCAAAGAAGAGAUGCUGCUAAAAGACUGGGUCAUUCCUCGCUUCAAAAAAUAACUGCUGCAAUGAGAAUAUUAGCUUAUGGAGUCUCUGGAGAUUUUGUAGAUGAAUACUUGCGGAUUGCAGAAAAUACAGCAACCAAGUGUUUGAAAAAAUUCGUUAAGGCUAUCAUUGGCAUAUUCUCCCAUGAAUACUUAAGAUCCCCAAAUGAGAACGAUAUAGCUAGAUUGUGCGCAGUUGGAGAUAGUCGCGGGUUUCCUGGGAUGUUAGGAAGUAUUGAUUGCAUGCAUUGGAAAUGGAAAAAUUGUCCAAGUGCUUGGAAAGGAAUGUAUUGUGGUCAUAUUCACGAGCCAACUAUAAUUUUAGAAGCUGUAGCGUCAUAUGACCUCUGGAUAUGGCAUGCAUUUUUUGGAUUGCCAGGCUCCCAUAAUGAUAUUAAUGUUCUAGAACACUCUUCUGUUUUUAGAGAGCUUGCUGAAGGACAUGCUCCAAAGGUCAACUACUCAAUAAAUGGAAAUGACUAUUCGAUGGGCUACUAUCUUGCCGAUGGUAUAUAUCCUUCAUGGUCUACGUUUGUCAAAACAAUUCAUGCUCCACAUGGCCGUAAAAAUAAACAUUUUGCAGCAACUCAAGAAUCAGCAAGAAAAGAUGUAGAACGAGCUUUUGGAGUGCUUCAAGCUCGAUUUGCUAUUGUACGUGGACCGGCACGAUUUUAUGAUCGACAAACACUUAAGGAGAUUAUGAUGGCAUGCAUUAUUUUGCAUAAUAUGAUCGUAGAAGAUGAGCGACAUACUUAUCUUCGAGUAGAAGACUUUUUUUAUGAACAAAGCGAUGAAAUAACUGAAGAGCCUAUGUCCCAUGAGCAUACAAAUGAAUUUGUAAACUUCAUUCAACGCCAUCAUCACAUUCGAGAUCGAGGAAUUCAUUUUCAACUUCAGUCGGAUCUUAUUGAACAUUUAUGGGAAAUAUAUAGUAAAUCUUAA